ACAAACGAUGGGCGUUAGAAUUGGGAGCCCCACUAAUAACUGGGUGAGAAGUGGCUUACGGUACUGCCUUAGCUAAGAGAAAGAAACCGGAAUAUGCAAGAUUUACACGGUUACCACAUGACCCCGUCUCCAAUGGAUCGCCGUUGUCUAUACCCAACAGGUGCUAAUUGCUAGAAUGUGUAAAAUUCUUAGACGAGAAAGUCUUCUUCAAGCGAUUGAUGAAGCCGUUUUUAUUGAGAAAUUAAAAUGAAAAACUCGUGAGCAAGAAAAAGAACAUCAAGAACAUGGAUUAGUAUCUUAAGACCAGAGCUAGCAUAAACACGCACUGAGAUUAGCUCGGGCGUAGAUCAAAAUAUAAAAAAGAACACAAAAAAUGAAAUUUAGCAUAGUUAUCAUAUUGGCCAGUUGCCUGAUUUACCAGGUUAUGGCCUCCCUGGACAGCCUCUCCAAGCAUCAGAGGAGUAAAAGAGCUCCCAUUCCCUGGCUUAUAUAUCCCACCACAUCACCCACUCGUGUUAUGUUUAUUGGUGGCAUAGGUUUUCCUUUGGAGGAUCUCAACUAUGAAGCUGUGACCACAGGCUAUGUAUUGAAGGUGGAGUACUGGCUGCCCACCGAUCCGGAUGAACUGAGAACACCCACAGCAUUGCCACUUACACAGGUGGCCACACCUGGCAUCACAGGAGCCAGAAAACAGAAGAAACCCAUGUUUGAGAACUUUCUAGUGGGAGUAGAUGAACUCGGCAAGAACACCAGAAAGUUGCUGACUAGAACCAACAAAGUCUUAAGUAGCUAUCGAUGGACAGUCUAUAAGGGACUAGAGGGAUUGGCUGAUCGAUUGGGAUAUCAGGGCAGAAUUUGUGUCCUAAAAAGCAUUUGCGAAGCAGCCGAGGAGCCCUUCCAUUACACAAAUGGACUCUUUGCGGAUCUUCUACAUAUAUUACUGACACCCUCCUCCUCAGUGGAUAAACUGUCAGAACAUUCGGAUAACGAGUAUUACUAUGCGGAAAAUGUGGGUCAAUCGGGCGCUGGCUGUGAUCGUGUCUUUAAGGAAUGUCGAUUAAGUCUGCUCCAACAUUUCAGUGAACUCCAUCACAACCUGGAUAAGAUUUUAUUUUGAGCCAAUAAAGGAAGUGCAUAAAUGGUAC